AUGGCCAACCCUGAAACCCUGCUGGGAGAGAUAGAGGCCAAGACAAAGAAACUCAUAGGUACUGGAUCAAGCAGAAAAUCAGUCAGUCAGUCUGUCUAUCAACCAAUAAGUCAGGCAGUCAAUCAAUCUGACUUUGCAUUAUAUGUGAUUCAAUUUCAGCCAAAAGAACAACACCUCUUCGGGAGUACAUCAAGAAUAAGAAACUUGAGAAGCAGGUAAGAGUAAUGUAACAGUGAAAAAUAAUCCAUUUAUAGUUGCCCUUUGUGGACUUCUAUCCAGAUGUAGAUCAACUCUCACAAUAAGGUGCCAUUUUUCUGUAGAGGAUAAGAGAGGAGAAGAGAGAGGAGCGGCGAUGCAGGGAGCUGGAGAAGAAACGCCUGAGGGAGGAGGAGAAGAGGAAGAGGAGGGAGGAGGAGAGGCGCAAACGCGAGGCGGAUAAACAGAAGAAACUAUCAGAGAAGGAGAUAAAGAUCAAGGUGGUCACUGGUUCUGUUGACACAAAGUUCAAAUCAAAGAACAUUUUGAGUGGUAUAUGCACAUUCACCAAAUGAAAGCUUUUAGGAAGCCCUUCGUGAGCUGGAUUUUGUUAGUUGUAACUAUUAGUCAGAUAGACAGUAAUCUUGCCACCCAGAGUUAAGGCUGUGUCAAGAGAUUUUAUAGUUAGUGACUGUGUUUUGUUAAUAACUGUUGGUAGUUGUUGGAUAGUAAGUGUAUUUUGGGCUUGCCUCAGCUCCUGAAGAAGAGUGACCGGGACGAUGACGUGGACUCCGACAGGCUCAAGGACAAAGGAGACAGUGGGGACACAGAGAGGGCCAAGUGGGACAAACCCAGUGGACACAUGAAGUCAAAGGAAACCAAGGACAAGUAAGGAGCUUUUACUGCACUAUUUGUGAUGUUUUUGUUUUAUAUCAGUCUCCGAUGCUUUGUUUUUCUCAGUUAUGACAAACCCAAGUUGGAGUUAGCUAGUGGUAAAGGACGGGAUGUUUUAUAUGCCUUACUGUGAGGUUUCUAUCCUUAUCACAGUGGGAUGCCAAAUUUGGCCUUGACCCACCUGGAGCCUUUACAGCUUUAUGUGACAAAACCAAUGUUUAUAGCCAGGGCCUGGUCAUAAGCUGAUACCACAACCCUCCAGUGUCAUAACUAGGGCUGUUGCGGUGACCUUAUUACAGUCACACUGGCAGUCCUGAGUCAUGACCGCAGUAAAAUUGCACGUGACCCUUGAGUUACGGGAAUCUCCUCUCAGGAUAUGUGUUGGUAGUACCCUAAUGAACAUUAGGUCGCUAAAUGGCCUGGUACUCAGGGCUCUAUUGUCCCUCUAAUCACUCUGACAUCAAUGCAAAUGCAAUCAAAAAUCACAUCAAACACUUUUCAUCAAAACAGUAUCAUGCUUUUAAAACUCGCCUCACUGUGAUGAAAAAAGUUCAAAAGCAGGUUGAAACUGAGUGUAAAACAUGGUCGGUCAUUGUGGAUGUUGUUUCAAAGCCUAACACAACAAAAUGGACAAUGCCUUCUAUUAGAGCUUAUGCAUAGGCUUAUAAGCCCAAGCCCGGAAAAAAAAACCUGAAUAAAAAUUAUGAUUGUGCUGUUAUACAAUACAUAGCCUACUGCAUAUUACGCAUCGCAGAAAAACAUUAAAAAAAACUGAUUUAAGUUGUCUUUGGUACAUAAUUGGUCUAGCCUAUAGGCCUACUCCACAAUUACAUUUGAGUAAUUGUGUAGAAUGUAUUAUUAUGCAAACUGGAUGGACUGGGUUACCGUAUGCUACGCUCCAAAAUUUCUAUCCACGAGUCUAGGAGAGAAUGUAUACAACUAGGCGAUGCUGUUGGUUCAUUGAUUGUGCAGGGUGGCUUACAGUUCUGGUGAUUUUUUUAUAUUUUCAUAAUUAAUAGGCCGACAUAUUACCUUUAGCUACAGAAUAUCUCACCACCAAUUGUUUCCAUCUGCUCCUCUCUCUCCUUAAUUCCUUUCUCAAGCGUGCAAAGGGGGUGUCAACAGUUUAGUGAAAUAUGUUCAGUUGCGAAAACAUGUUACAAUCGAUGUUCCCGAACAGAUUUCACUUGGUUUCCCAAAUUAAGCACUGGGUAGCUGCAGGAACAGGGUUGGAGUCCAUGGCAUACAGAGUUUGGGCGGAAAAUCACCUGUUGUGUAGCGAGAACAUGCUCCUCAAACAGUAGUUGAUGUGUGGAGUGAAAUAAGUGUUCUUAUAUUUAUUUCUCAGCUGCUCAUAUUAAGCACAGCUCCCCUAUAAAACCGAAGUAACCGAAGUAGCCUAUCCGACAUCAUUGAAAAGCGGACCUCCAUUUGCUAUUCGAGUGCGGAUGACGUCUUUUUUUUCCCCCGGGCCCCUGCCCGUUUGAUUACGGGCCAUUCUAAAUCGAGACUAAUUUGACAUAUUAGUAAAGACAAGAUUAAAUUGAGAAUAGUCUGAUUGGUGAAUAUAUGAUCACUUGAUGAGAGAACAGCUGUGCAACCUGAGGCAAGGAACAGAGUGCAAGCUUUUUUUCCGACUUUCUCAAAUCAUCAAUAGCCUAUAGUCGCAUCAUGCAACCCAUAUAUGUUUUGAUUUCUAAGACAUUCUAAGAUUGUAUUAUUCACAACUAAAGUUGCCAAGUAACUCUAAAUCUAGUGUAUAGGACCUGUUUCAAAUGAUCACUUUUACGCUCAACAUAGCCACUUCAUAUGCGCACUUGCUCCGGAAUGGGAAAAAUAUCCCUUCUAUUUUAUUCAGCAGAGUUCAAUUAUAUUCUUCUUACUAUAAAAUCAUACAAAAUAAUGGCACGGGACUGAUGAGCAUAUCUUGUCAGCUAAAUGAAGACGCCUACAGCCUAUGGCAUGGAGCAUAUAGAUAAAAUACAUUUUAUGUAUAUCAUAAUGUUUCUUUAGACCUGAAUAAAAAUAUAUAAUGUAUUUAUUGUUAUAGUGUAUAUUAAAUUGAUUUAUUCAACUUUUUAAAUGUAGAUGUUCCAAAGGCGCACAUCAGCGGCUUUAAGGCAGCUUGUAUGCGUGGAGGCCUGGAGAUGCUAAACUUGUUUAUGUUAAUUAACGGUCAAUUAUUGCAUGACAAUAACCAGUGGACAAACUUUCAUGAUCGCCACAGCCCUAGUCAUAACCAGUCUAACUGUGCUUCCCUUUCCUGCCACUAGGGUUCCGAUGGAGAGCGAUAAGGAACAGAGAGAGCAUGGCUGCAGGCAUAGAGACAAAGACCACAGAAGAAGAGACGAGGAGAGAAAACGACAGCGCCACCACUACGAGUUCGACAAGUUCAUGCGGUGCAAGGAGGAGACCAAGUGGGGUAAAGGCUACUGCCAAGACCGGGCCAAGAAAGAUGGCCACCACCACAGCUCCUACUCCUACUGCCCCAACACGGGCGACAAGGAGGACAGAGAGGACAUUGGCGGUAGCAGGAAGGACCGUGUCUGGAACAAGGUGAGCGACAAGGUGAGCAAGAGAGGUAGGUUGUUUUUUUGUGGUUGAUUUUUAUUUAAAGAACAAUGAUAAUAUAAAGUAGGUUACGCAUUAUUACUGUGUAAUUAUUCCUGUAAGUACCAUGCAGCAAGUAUUGUUGCAAGGUUUGAUUCCUUUGGAAUUCUUUGAGGAUUUCAACCUGUCAUUAUACUGAUUGAAAUAUUUUCAAGUAAACAAAGGUGGUUUUACGUUGUUGUGAUAUAUUCUGUUUUUUUUUACGAUACAACCCCACCACACACAUUUCCAGCUGCUUGUCACACUGCUUGUAUACCCUAGUCUGUGUUUCAUCAGCUGUGCAAACAGACAGUGCUAUACUGUUACAGUGCAGUGGAGACAUUUUUAUUUCAAUAUAACUUUAUUGUCCACGAGAUGAUAGAUUUACAGUUUAAGAUUAUCAUAUGUACAGUCAUCCUACAUUGUGUUAAAAACGGUGAGAAUUGCAGUACAUAUAUAUGCACUACACAUAAGAGCACACAUACAUACAAACUCACAUAACAAAUACCUUGACAUAAUAUUACAUAUUUGCAUGUAACUCCCAUUGAUCGAGGCCUGUGUCUCUCAGUCUGUGUUAGCCUAUCAGGACAGAGGGACGUCCCAGUCAGAGGGGCCACACCAGAUAGGAGGACCUCUGCCAAACAAGGUAUAG